UCCACGGCCCCGGUGCGCAGUGCUGCGCAGUGCUGCGCCAGUGUCUCUCAGUGGGCGGUGUUAACAGGUCAUGUGACCGCGGUCGUCAGUAUGUGGCUCCGGAGACCGAGCGUGUUGUUAGGUCUGGUGGGGAGCAGAGGAGUACUGAGAAGCAUGUGUGCUCAGGUGGGAGACUGGCAGAGUGCCAAGUCAAUAUACGAGUUCUCUGCCAAGGAUAUUGAUGGCAGUGAGGUGUCUCUUGAGAAAUACAGAGGGUAUGUGUGCAUCAUUGUAAAUGUAGCAUCUAAAUGAGGAAAGACCAGGGUAAACUACACUCAGCUAGCGGGAAUGCACGCCUCCUACGCUGAGAAAGGUUUACGCAUCAUGGGCUUCCCGUGCAACCAGUUUGGAGGACAGGAGCCAGGGACUGAUGCAGAGAUUAAAGAGUUCGCCAAAGGGUACAACGCUGAGUUUGACCUCUUCAGUAAGAUUGAGGUGAAUGGAGACAACGCUCACCCUCUGUGGAAGUGGAUGAAGGCACAGCCUAAAGGCAAGGGAACCCUGGGAAAUAACAUCAAAUGGAACUUCACAAAGUUUCUGAUAAAUAGAGAAGGACAAGUGGUGAAGAGAUACGGUCCAACAGAUGAUCCCAGCGUGGUGGAGAAGGACCUGCCUACGUACCUGUAAUACUAGGGUCUCCUAUGUGUUUGUCUGACUCCUGACCUCUCCCAUGGACUUCAGGGUAUUGGUGUGCGUGUGUGUCUGGACCAGUGACGGCCUGUUCGUAAACCCAACAUUGGGAAGGGCAGGCCUGAUUAUCCCCAGCGUGCAACUAACUUCCAGAACCUACCCACACCAAACCCAUAAGACCAUGUGAGAGGACGUUUACUAGUUAUCCAAAGUAGAGGCUCUUCACAUCUUACUUCAAACUCAAAACAGCCAUUCCUUUUUCUAAUACAAAUACCAUCUAGUCCUUUCUGAAUGUUAAGUGACAAGUUUGUUCAUGUGUCAAUGUCAGUUUUAUGUAAGGACAUACUGAUGCCAUACGUUUCACAGAUUUCUAAAAAGCUACUGAUAAUAUUAUUUGCACUUAACUUGUUGAAGGGCCCAUUAUUGUAUCUGUAACUCAUGACUUAUCAUGUUAUGAAAUUGGAAAAUAAAUGCUGUCCUGGA